GGUGGCUUCUCCCUGUGUUUGCUCCUCCCUCCCGGCAGCCGCAGGGCCGGAAAACAUUGCUGCCCUUACCGCCCUGCCUUUUACUUCUCCUCCCUGUAAAAACUGCUGCGGGGCCCCGUGUCUCCCUGUCCUCUGCCGUCACCCUCGUGGUGUCACUGUCCCAGCGUCACUCUCUCGGCACAGAGCAGCACUGUAUUAGCAGGAUGGCCGAUCCAGACCCCCACCUGCGUCAGCCCUGGCCCACAGUGCACGGCAUUCCCAUGGUCAAAGCCUUCACCCACAACUGGGAACGUGUCGACACUUUUCGGAGUCACCCUGAGGACAUUGUGGUGGUCACCUUCCCCAAGUCUGGCACCACCUGGGUCAGCGAGAUUGUGGACAUGAUCCUGCAAGGCGGAGACCCUGAGAAAUGCAAGCGGGAUAUUAUCAGCAAGAGGGUGCCCAUGCUGGAGUUCUCUGUCCCUGGGAAGUUGCCAGCAGGGACAGACCUGCUGGCCACCAUGCCCUCACCCCGCGUGGUGAAGACCCACCUGCCGGCAGAUGUAUUGCCAAAAUCCUUCUGGGAAAAUCGCUGCAAGAUGAUCUAUGUGGGACGCAAUGCCAAGGAUGUGGCCAUUUCCUACUACCACUUUGACCUUAUGAACAAGUUACAGCCACACCCCGGGACAUGGGCCCAGUACCUGGAGGAGUUCAUGGCCGGCAGAGUGGCAUAUGGCUCCUGGUACAAUCACGUCAAGGGCUACUGGGAGCGGAGGAAGGAUCACCCCAUUCUCUACCUCUUCUAUGAGGACUUGAAGGAGGACCUCCGCCGGGAGAUUGUCAAGGUGGCCCAGUUCCUGGGGCACGAGCUGUCGGAGGCGGCACUGGACGCCAUCACCCGACACACUUCCUUCGAGGCCAUGCGGGACAACCCCACCACCAACUACAGCAAGGUGCCCUCUGACCUCAUGGACCAAAGCGUGUCCCCCUUCAUGCGCAAAGGCACCACUGGAGACUGGAAGAACCACUUCACCGUGGCCCAGAACGAGCGCUUUGACCAGGACUAUGCGCAGAAGAUGUCGGGCACCGACCUGCGCUUCCGCACUCAGAUCUGAGGAGACACUGCCAGACACCCCCCAAAUCUGACCCAUGCUGGUGUCACUGCUCCCACACCAGGGCAGGGGCUGCUUCCCCUCCUCUGAGACUGCUGGAGAGAAAUAAAAUGUGCUUCCUGA